AGCAAACGAAUCCAAAAGCCCCUCCCCCAUUUCUGCGGCUAAGGAUUGUUUGAAAGAUCAGUAUACCAAUGUCCUAAAAGCUCUUCUUUUUCUCUGCCAUUACCUCUUCAACCAGCUACGAUAAUGUCAAUGGCCUUAUUCUCAGCUCCUCCGCUACAUUUCCCAACUCUCUCUCCUUCAAAACAUCACUCAACCCACAAACCUUAUCCUUUUCUAACUUUAAAGAAACCCCAUCUCUCUUUCUUGGUUUCUCCGAGAGCUCUUGAUAAUGGGUCAAGUGGUGUAGUUGCUACUUCUGCUGUCACUGUUGAGCCAGAAAUACCUGAAGAAAAAGCUCAGGAUAGUGCUGUGAAAGCUGAGGAGUCAAAUGAGGCUUCUUUGGACACUAAUGGGUCAGCGCCGGUUGUAUCCACCGGAGCUCCGGCACCGGAUACUGUAAAAAAAUUUCAAGAUCCUAGAUGGGUUAGUGGGACUUGGGAUUUGAAUCAGUUUAAGAAAGAUGGAGAGACCCAUUGGGAUUCUGUUAUUGAUGCUGAGGUUCGGAGAAGGAAAUGGUUGGAAGAUAAUCCAGAGUCGUCAAGUAAUGAAGAACCUGUGCUUUUUGACACCUCCAUUAUUCCUUGGUGGGCAUGGAUGAAGAGAUUCCAUCUCCCUGAAGCUGAACUUCUCAAUGGUCGUGCUGCAAUGGUUGGUUUCUUUAUGGCCUAUUUUGUGGAUAGCUUGACUGGUGUAGGCCUUGUCGAUCAAAUGGGCAACUUCUUUUGCAAAACACUAUUGUUUAUAGCUGUGGCUGGUGUGCUUCUGAUCCGCAAGAAUGAGGAUAUAGAAACAGUCAAAAAGUUGAUUGAAGAGUCUACUUUUUAUGACAAGCAGUGGCAAGCAUCUUGGAAAGAUGAGAACUCACGCAGUUCAAAGGACUCUUGAACAUAGUUCUCACAUAAUCUUUGAUCUUCAUGUAUUUAGUUGGAUGACUGCAAUCAGGAGAUCUCACGAUGCUAGUCAAAAGAGAGCGUAGAAUUGUAUUCACCAUUUUGUUUUUGUUCUUAAUGUAUCUUCUUUCCUUUCUUAUUUUGUUUUCUGGCAAUGAUUUAUUUUUUCUUGUCUUGUAAACAAAUUUUUAGCUGAUCUAUAAUAGUUCUAUUUCAUCAGA